UAACGAAAUGUAAUAUAAGACCUCCAAGUAGAAUGUCAUUUCAAUGGAUAAACAUUUCCACGAGAUUAUCCUCUUCGUCAUCUUCGUCAUCGUCAUCGGAUUCAUCAGAUUCAUCUGAUUCCGAUUCUGAUACUGAAAAGACAAAACCCGAGACAACGAAUGUUCAAAGCGCAAGUCCUGCAAGUGCAACAUCAGAUAAAAAAUAUGAUUUGGAAAGCUUCUUGAAUAACAUGAUACAAGCAAAAAAGCUGCAGAAAACCGUUGAUGUUGCCUUACAGCCUAAAAAGAAGUCAGAGGAUAAAUCGAAUAAUGACAAACAUUUGCCUUUUGAAAAGAAAAUAGUAAAAGCAGCAAAAAAUGUAGCCGAGACGCUUGGUGGGGAUAAAACAAAAACUACGUCAGACUUGCUUGAGAAAGUUCUUGCAACUAGAGUAGAAGCAUUGAGAGCAGAACAGGCAAGAAUUAAAGGUCAGAAGAAUGCUAAAUUCAAACAAUCGCCAGAAGACAACGUACAAGAAAAUUCCCAAGACCAACAUUUGGAAAAGAAAUCUAUAAUACAAACCCUAUUGGACGAAUAUAAUAAACAACCAGUGAAAGUAGUUGAGAAUAGUAUAUCGAGAAAAUUACUAAAUGACGUUAAAGCAUCUAAACAGUUACAAGAUACUGAUAGAGGAUCUCGUGUCAGUAGACUUAAAGAUGUCAAUCUUUGGAAUGGGAAUCCUAGUAAAAUUUUUGAAAACAUGAAUGCCGCUGCGCCAAACAUACCGGAAUUGAAAACGUGGGCGGCAUUAGAACAAAGAGAGUUAAAAGCACUGACGACUUAUCCACCUGCCAAUGUUUUUCAAGAACUGAUUCUUUGGACGGAGCAAGGCAAAUUAUGGAAAUUCCCUAUUGACAAUGAGCAAGGAAUGGAAGAAGAGCAGAGUGUUCACUUCUCGGAACACGUCUUUAUGGAACGUUAUUUGAAGGGAUGGUGUCCUAAAUCGGGACCAAUACGUCAUUUUAUGGAGUUGGUGUGCGUUGGACUGUCAAAGAAUCCAUACAUGACUGUUCAAGAAAAAGUGCGACAUAUGAUGUGGUACAAAGAAUAUUUUGAAUCUAAACAAGACCUCUUACAAGAAAUAGGAGCAAUUCAAGAACCAUUUCCUGAUAAAGUAAAAGAGAUUACAGAAUAAAUUAUACUAACGAACAUAA